AUGACGGCACAAUCAGAGCUAGAAGAGAAACAUGUCAUCUCAGACAAGUUCAACUCGCAGGGGGAAGAGUACAGUCGCCCCUCAUCGGCGUCUCGCGACGAAGAUGUCGUGCAACACGCAGAGCCAGGAAGGAGCGAUGAGGUAGCCGAAGACAAAGAAGCACAACUCGAUGCUCGGUCAACCGUCACUGCAGAAUCUGCAAUUCCGCCUCCUCCAGAUGGCGGCCUACAUGCAUGGUUAAAAGUUUUUGGCGGCUUCAUGAUUUACAUCAACAUUUGGGGUUUCACGUUAAGCUACGGCGUCUUCCAAACCUACUACCGCACCACGCUCCUCAGCAGCUCCUCCCCCUCGGCAAUAUCCUGGAUCGGCACCACGCAAGCCUGGCUCCUCAUCAUCGUCGGCGUCAUGUCAGGUCCGCUCUUCGACCUCGGCUACUUCCGUUCCAUGCUGCUUGUCGGCAACGCCCUCGUCGUGCUAGGCAUCAUGAUGUUGAGUCUGAGCACACAGUACUGGCAGGUGUUCCUGAGCCAAGGUCUGUGCAUGGGGCUGGGUGCGGGUCUGCUGUAUAUCCCUAGCUUAGCCAUGGUGGGCGUGUGGUUUAGUCGGCGGAGAGCCUUUGCACUGGGGAUCGUCAUGAGCGGUAUUGCUGUUGGUGGUGUCAUUUAUAUUAACAUGUUCAACCAGCUUGUCCACUCUGCUGGGUUUCCCUGGACUAUGCGCGCAAUUGGUUUCGUUGCGCUCGCCGCCGCGCUGCUUUCUAUCCCAGCGCUUCUUUCUGGAUCGGAUUGGCUCAACCGCAAACGUAAGCGUCGCUCGCUCUUCGAUAAAACGGCCCUCACAGACCGUUUGUUUCUUAUCUUUACGGCUUGUACUUUUGCUACGUUCCUUGGCUAUAUCGUGCCGUACUUUUACAUCCCAACGUAUGCUAAAGAGCGCUUGGGAAGCAGCGAGAGCACUGCGUUGUACAUGCUCGUCCUUGCCAUCGCAGGUAGCUUCUUCGGAAGACUAAUGUCUGCUGUUGUGGCGCAUUGGCUAGGCGCUAUUGUCACAUGGGCAAUAUGUUUCUUCUCUGCGGGUCUGGUAACUCUUCCCUCUGCUGCAUUCGCAAACAUCACCCCGGAUCUUUCGCGUCUAGGCACGCGCUUGGGAAUGUCAUGGAGUGUAUCCAGUAUUGCAACGCUUAUUGGCGCGCCCAUUGCGGGUGCUCUGCUCAAGAAAAAGGACGGCCGAACAGACUUCAUCGGCGUCCAGGUGUGGAGUGGGGUUUGUUUGAUCAUUGGCACGUGUUGUCUGAUUGUGCUGUGGAUUUUUACCGUGAAAACACAGAAGAAAGGAUGGAAGGUUUAA